UGUGUGUGGAGUAUUCGUUCGUUCUAUGUUCCUCCUGUGUUGUGCUGUGCCGUGGCUGGUUGGCUGCUUCUUGGGCAAUCGUUGCGAUGAUAGUCGUCGACAUCGUGUCGUUCGUUGCCUAGUUCAGUAAUGCGUUUUUCCAAAAGAGCAAAGAUUCCAUACGCACCGUUAUAAUUUUGUUAAAUAUUCGUAUUGAGAAAAGUUUGCAUAGGGCGGCACCUCGAAAAAAGAAUUAAAUUUAAUUGUGUUUUAUUAAAUAAACAAAAUUUAUGGAAAAGAAAAAUAAUCUCUACAAAAAUUUGAAUAAAUAUUUGAAAAAUAGAUAUAUAAACAAAUAAAAAGAAACAACAAAAUAUAUUGAGAAUUCAAAAUAUACAAUUAAUCUCCUAACCAAAAAAAGAAGGAAAAAAUCUAAGUUCUGUCGAUAAAUAAAAAAAUAAAUAUUUCAAAAAUAUUUGUGAAAAACUCUACCCAAAAAGAAACAUCUGUUCCCAACUCCGCUGAGACGCUGAGAGUUCGUGUGUAAUAAAUGAUUUUUAAUUGAGCAUUGGAAUUGUGGUUACAUCGAAGCAAAAUAGACCAACAAAAUAUAACAACAACAACACCCCUCCUUCUGACCCAAACCAACCGCCGGGCCAUUGCAUGUCAGAAAUCCUAAUCAGUUGCCAGUUUUUUUGUUGUUGGUGAUUUCAAUUGUCGUCGCCUUACUUCAUUAACGAACAUCAAACGUUGAAUCCUUGAACAACAGCAACAGCAACGUUGUUGUCCUCCUCGUCGACUAGGACGUCGUCGUCGUAGUCAGAUCCGUCAACUACGCUUUUUGGUUUCGUUUUCUCGCCUGGCUACAGUAUUCGGCCAAUUGUGGCCGAUAUUAAACGACCUUCAAAACGUUUUGUGUCGAAGCAAUCCGCACCAUGGGCUGCGCACAGAGUGCUGAGGAAAGGGCAGCAGCCGCCAGGAGUCGUCUGAUUGAACGCAAUCUGAAAGAAGAUGGGAUACAGGCAGCAAAGGAUAUUAAACUUUUGUUAUUGGGUGCUGGUGAAUCGGGCAAAAGUACAAUUGUUAAACAAAUGAAAAUCAUCCACGAAAGUGGGUUCACUCCUGAGGAUUUCAAACAGUAUAGACCGGUUGUUUACAGCAACACAAUACAAUCAUUAGUUGCAAUACUUAGAGCAAUGCCAAAUCUUAGUAUUCAGUUUAGUAAUAACGAAAGAGAGAACGAUUCCAAAAUGGUAUUCGAUGUGUGUUCACGCAUGCACGACACCGAACCCUUCUCAGAGGAACUUUUAGCUGCCAUGAAACGGCUAUGGCAAGACGCCGGUGUUCAAGAGUGCUUCUCGCGCAGCAACGAAUAUCAAUUAAACGAUUCUGCUAAAUAUUUCCUGGACGAUUUGGAUCGGUUAGGCGCCAAAGAUUAUCAACCUACCGAACAGGAUAUAUUGCGCACUCGUGUCAAAACAACUGGUAUUGUUGAAGUGCACUUUUCAUUUAAAAAUCUUAACUUCAAAUUGUUCGAUGUUGGUGGCCAACGUUCGGAACGAAAGAAAUGGAUCCAUUGCUUUGAAGAUGUCACUGCGAUUAUAUUUUGCGUUGCCAUGUCUGAAUAUGAUCAAGUUUUGCAUGAAGAUGAAACUACAAACCGAAUGCAAGAAUCAUUAAAACUAUUUGACUCCAUUUGCAAUAAUAAAUGGUUUACGGAUACUUCGAUCAUUUUGUUCUUGAACAAGAAGGAUUUAUUCGAAGAGAAAAUCCGAAAGAGUCCACUGACAAUCUGUUUCCCCGAAUAUACAGGUGGUCAAGAAUAUGGCGAGGCAGCUGCAUAUAUCCAGGCUCAAUUUGAAGCGAAAAACAAAUCAACCUCAAAAGAAAUUUACUGCCACAUGACGUGUGCUACAGACACAAACAACAUCCAAUUUGUAUUCGAUGCUGUCACUGAUGUUAUUAUCGCCAAUAAUCUCAGAGGUUGCGGUCUUUAUUAAACAAACAUUUUUUCUCUCCAAAACAAAACAAAAAUCAGUCAUUACAACAACAACAAAAUGAAACGACAAAAAAUAUUUAUUUAGAAACAAAACAGAAAGAUGAAAAUUAAGAGAAAAAUAUGAAAAGAAAUCUAAAACCAGCAACAAACAAUAACAUGUUCUAAAAUAUCAGAAAACCAAACUACAACAAAAAUGGAAUGGACAAAAAAAAUGUAUAACAAAAAAAAACAAAACCCACCAUCUUCAGAAAAAAAAUCUGUGUAAAGAACAGGAAAGAAAAAACAAAACAAACAAAUAUCACACACAAAUUAAACAAAAAGAUAGUAAGAAAAUUCAUAAAAUAAUACUGCUACUAUGUUUGUAACAAUUUGCAAAAGAAGUCAGCAUCUCUCAUCAUCAAUCUCUACAACAAAAGAAAAAAACCAACAGCAGAACUAAACAAAAGAAGUCCCAUAUAAGUAAUUCUCUCUUUCUCCAAAAAAAGAAAACAUAGAAUUGAAUUUAUUUUUGUUUCUCUCAGCCUUGCAGUGAUGAUGCUACGAAUUUCAAAUCCCUGGAUUUGUGGUAUUUUUUUACAAGCAUUUCUAAAAAUGUAGAAAACUCAGUCAUGAUAUCGAGUGAUUUGAAAUGUUUUAAACAUUUUCAUUGCAAGUGAAAUCUUUAUUUAAUUUAUUUAAAUUUAAGUUAGUUGCAAUUCUUAUUUAUUUAUUACCUUUCAUUUCGCUCUAAACGUACAUAUACAUAUGUAUGUAUGUAUAACAAUCUAUAUACACUAUACUGUAAUUAUAGUUAUUUUUUUGUGUUGUCCAUGUGUAUGUAUAAAUGGAUAAUAACAUGUGUAUGUGUGUUAUUCUUUUUCUUUCAUAGUUUGUUUGUUUAUUUUUUAAAAAAUUAGGAUACAAAAACAUAACGACGACGUAAACAGAAACAUUCUUAGUCAAACGUAUGCCACAAACCAGAAAUGAGAAGGUUUUUUAUUAUUAUUUAUAAAUAUUGAAAAAUAUAAAGGAAUUUUUAUAUAUAUAUAUAUACAUACAUUUCUUACAAUUACAAUUUAAAGCACAAAUUAAACAAUCUACAUGCUACAAACAAGAGCAACAACUUUAAGUUAUUUAACAUACGCACACACACACAAAACAACAACUACAGGCUGUAUAAAUUAUUUGUUUUUUUUUAUUUUAAUAUUAUAUUUUACAAUCUCAAUAAUAUUUUAAGAUUUAUAUAUAUCUGUAUUUUUUAAUGUGAGAUGAUACAUAUAUAAUAAUACAUACACAAUUUUGUUUAAUUUACUUGCCAUAUUUUUAUUUGUAGUUGUUUAACAAACAAACAAAUGUGUCUAAAAAACCCAAACCUUUAAUUUUACAUAAAAAUUUGGGUUUGUUUUAACAAAUUCAAUUCAGUUCAAAUUUAUUGAGUCUCUGUUUUCAACACGAAAAUUGACAAUUUAGUUGUAGUCUGUUUUGUAAAUUCCAAGAGGAAAUGAAAUACUUGGACGAUUUCAAGGAAAAUGCCAAGCCCUUCUAUAGCAGAAUUCCUUGCUAACUCUAAUGAAUUUCAGGAUUAGGUAUUAUUGUGGAAGAAUACAUAAUAUUCCAAUUUGUUUAAGUGGCUGCACAAAAAGUCUUGGUGGUGUUGAAUAACAAUCUAGAGAAAAAAAUAAAAUAAAAUAUUAAAAUUACACAAUUUAAAAAAGAGUUUUACCGAUCGAGAUCGUAUAUUCAAGCAAUUGACCGCAAUUAUAUUCCCUCGACCAUGGAAUGUGGAAAAUAUUCCGCAAAAAGGGUAAAAAUAUUACAUCUUUCCUAAUAUCUGGAAAACGUUGGUUGGCCACUACUGGCCCAUAUAGUGAAUCCUUUAAACAACCAUCUUAGAGAAAGCCCCAUAUUAUUAAUAUUAACUUCUCUAUUAAUAGAUUGCUUUAAGGACUACGAAGGCAUUUGUUCGUCACUGUAUUAAUGUUUGACGAAUAAUUCUUGGAGCAAUAUCCAAUGGCAGCAUUGUGAUUUUCGUACUUGAAUGUCACAUUCGAACAUUUUGAGAUUCUUGCAGAGACAUAGAAGUAUAAAGAUAGGACAAGUAAGAGUCAAAAUAUUGACGCCAGUAGUGACGUCAACAUUUUCUGAUUUACCGACAAAAAUCGGAAGCUUUGAAACCCAAAAAUUCGAUAUAAAAACGAAGAUUAACUUGACAGUAUCUAUCGGUGGAGGUCUUAGCGACUUCCUUGAUUUCGUCGGUAACUUAUCGACAAAUUUCGUUAAUUACCGAAAUUAUAUGCAUUUUAAUUUUACCGACACAUUCAAAAAUUUUGAGAUUCUUCCAGAGACACAGAAGUUUAAAGAAAGGACAAGACAGAGUCAAAAUAUUGAUACCAAGUGGAUUUACCUUAUUCAAACAUUUUGAGAUUCUUGUAGGGACAUACAAGUUUUAAUAUAGGAUAAGUCGCAGUCAAAAUAUUGACACCAGUAGUGGUGUCAAUCUUUUUUGAGUUACCAACAAAAAUCGGUAGCUUUGAAACUCAAAAAUUUUAUAUAAAAAAGACGAUAACGUUCACAACACUGGUAUCUUUCGGUAUGUCUCAGAGACUUCUCUGAUUUCGUCGCUAACUUAUCAACAAAUUUCGUUUAUUACCGAAAUUAUAUGCAUUUUAAUUUUGCCGACUUUUGUCGAUAACUCAAAAAAUUAAUUAGAAAAUUUCACUAUAGGCGGAUUUACAUCUGAUAUCAUAACAACAUCCUCACAAAUGUUAGGUAGUUUUAACAGCAAAUUUUUGAUCUACAGAGAAUGUUAUUCGUAAAACGAAUCUGUAAUGCAUUUUGUCCAGUCUUUACCAUUUUAUGUCUUUGAAUCCUUAAAUUUUUUCUGUAUUGCAUUUAGUCCAGUCUUUACCAUUUUAUGUCUUUGAUACUUGUUUCUGAAAAGAACAAAUAAAAUUGUGUACAUUUAGAUACGUAUUUUAAAUGAAAAAGCAUAGAUUUGAGAUGAGACUUUUGACAUGAAUUUCUAAACACGAUAAUAAUUCUAAUAUUAUAAAACAAAAGAUUAUUUCUGUGUAUGUAUGUGUAUUACUUUGUAUAUGUAUUUAAUAUAAUCAAUAUUCCCCAUAUAUUUACAAAUAGUAGAAUGGCAUUUAACAGUUUUUUUCUUCUUCACUCUCUCUGCAAACAAAGUAUUUUAAAUUUUCUUUUGAUUAGCUUUUGAAUUAAAUAGAAAAGGAAACAAAGAAAGCACAAACAUAACUUAAAUUGUAAUUUAUAUUCGACCAAGAAAUAUAUUUUAAGCUCUCUAAAUGUUGGCAAAUGUUUUUUCUUUCUUUCCUAUGUAAUUGUAAUAUGAUUUUCGGUGUAUUUUUAUUUGUAUUUAUUUCGAAAAAUUGUUUAUUUCCUCUUCUUGUAACCACAAAAAACAACAUUUUUAAACAAACUAAAUUUAAACUCCUCUCCAAAACCCCCACACAAAGAAAAAGAAAUAUUUAUAAUUAAUAUACAUAAUAUAAAAAUUAACAGAUAAUAAGUCAAAUGUUAUAAAAUAAAAUAAUAUUUAUAUAAAUGUAUGUAAUUAAGGAUGCUCGACACAAAACAGGAAUAACACUAUUUUGUCAUGUGUUCUUUUCUCUAACAGAAAAUAUAUUUUUAUGUUUGCCGUUCCUUCUUGUUUUUAUUUUUUGUGUACGUAAACAUUUCCAAUAUUACAACAACGAGUUUUAUAUAUUUCAUGAAAAUAGUGUUGUUUUAAUUGCUGUCCGAGUUCCUAUAUUGAUUAGUUUUUUUUAUUUAAUGGUUCCUCAUCGAGAAGGCGAUAAAAUAUGAAUGCGCAAGCAAGCAAAUGUAAGCAUGCAUUUUUUUUAUUGGAAAUUUUCUUCUUUCGAACAAAAUAAUAACAAAUCUGAGAAAGUAUUUAAAUAUUUAAUUUAGCAAACAACAAGAACAAAAACCAAAAAUUUCAUCAAUGCAUAAUGAAUUACAUAUUUAAUUUAAAUCUAUAAUAAAUAUAUAUUAAAAAAUUAAUAAAAAAAAACAGAAAAAAAAUUGAUUUUGUUUUCUUUUUCAAAAACAAAUUGUAAAAAUGUAAUUUUUUAUUUGUCAGACCAUUUAAUUUAAAGCACUUGAAAGCUGAACGCAAUUCCUUGGCAAACGUUGGUAAGUUUAUGCGAAAACAGGGUGGGAUAAAAAAACUGCAACAAAAUCAAACGCCAUAAUUUUUACAUUUUUUGCUUUUAAAUUUUAUUGAACGAAAUCAAAAAAUGUCAAAUUUUAGAAUAAGUUUAGAUUUUUUCGAAUUGGUCACCUUUGGCACGAAAUAUGGCCUUCAAACGGCAAAUAAAACCACACGUCACACACUGCCCGAAUUUUGCUCUGAGGUAUUUUGGCCCAUUCCCGGCGAAGCGCUUGCUUAAGGUGAUCGACACUUUGGUAUUUUUUAGUGCCAACCUUGCUUUCCAAAAUACUCCAGACACAAUAGUCCAACGGAUUGGUAUCCGGAGAUUUUGGUGGCCAUUGUGCGCUGGAAAUGAAGAGAGGAACAUCAUUUUGUAACCAUUCUUGGGUGCGGCGUGUUGAGCGCGAUGGUGCUGAGUCCUGUUGGAAUGGCCAAGUGUUUGCGUGCCCAAGGUUUUAAUACACCCUCCAGAAUAUUUUUGCGAUAAUAUUGGGCAUUUAUUCUGAUGCCCUAGGUGUAUUAAUACGAGCGGAGAGCGACAAUUCUUACCACAAUGCUUUUGUAUGCUUGUAAACAUUAUAAUGAGCUGUAACUGGAAAAAUUUUAACAGCUGUCAGACGAGUGGCUAACAAAUGAUGGCAUUCUAAAAUUGGCUGCAGUUUUUUAUCUCGCCCUGUAUUCCUGUUAAUUUUAAAAUUUAAAAAAAAUAAUAAAUGAAUGGCACGAUUAUUGGAAAUAUUAAUAUUUCAUACAACUUCGUAAAUAAUCAGCUUAUCGUGAUAUUUUUUCAUUCGAAGCUCAAAUUGUAUUCGAACUUAUCUGCUUUAAAUUUUUCAAUUUAGGUACCAUUAUUAAUCAUUUUCUCAAGCAAUUUUUUUCAGUAUUUUUCUAAACCAAAUUUUCCAAAGUUAUCUUAAUUUGGCCUGUAUUUUAUUAAAAACAUUAACUUUUGGCAACGACAAUUUAGAGGGAAUUACUAACUGACCAUUAAACUGAAUACAUGCAUAAAUAUUUCAUUUUUUUUUUUAAAUUAUACCUUCUAUAACAACAACUAUACAACCAGCAUUUAACAACUUUUAAAGCUCAUAUUUAUACUUUUUUAAAAGCACAACUUCAUCUUCGAAAAUAAGGAAUAAAAUCAACAACAACAAAAGAAUGAGAAAAGAUAUCUUAAAAAACCAAAACUAAUAUAAAUCACAAAACAACAUACCUAUACAUUUAAAUACCAAAUAAAAACAAUAAAAAACAUGGACAAAAUAAAUUAAACAAAAGUAUAUAUAUUAAACAAAAAAAAACUAAUUUUUUCUCUUCACAAUUUUUACAGAAAAAUUAUCAUUAAAGAAAAUUAAAAGAAACAAAACAACAUUAUUUACCAUUAAACAAAUAAAAAAUAGCAAACUUCAAAGUGACCAUUUUUACAAAUAAUAAUAAAGACAACAAGAACAAAUCUCUAAACAAAAUGAAGAAAAAAACACAGAUUAUUUGUAAUUAUAUUUAUUAAAAAAACAACAACAAAAAAUAAUUUAAAUUAAAAAACCAAAACACAAAUAGAUUAAACGUUUACAUUAAUAACAAGAAAUUAAAUGAAAAAAACAAAAAAAAAUCUCCAAUGCAAAAAAAAAAAAACAACAAAAAGAUGUAAUUAUAACAAACAAAAAAGUUAUUUACUAGAAAUAUUUCAAAUAAUUUUGAGAGAAUAUUAAACAAAAUCAUUAAAAAUAAAAUAAAAACAAUACAGCAAGAAAUUUAAUAUGUUUCAUCAUAGUGAAAAACAAACAACAAAACAAAACAUAAAACAGGAGAUAAUACAUCCUCUAACUCUGCAGGAAUAUAUCUACUACGUACAUACAUACUUAUACAAAUUGGGAGAGACUAUGGAAAUAAGGCAAACAAAAUUUUACAAUAACGUUUUACAAUAUAAAACAUUUUUUUAAACUUUUAUUUCAUGGAAAUAACCAAUUCCUUUUUUUUGUGGGAUUUACUAUCUUAAGUUUGAUUUUUCUAGUUUUUCAAAGUUUAACUAUAAAUAAGUUAUGUUACCAAUUUUUUAACUUUUUUCAAUUACUUGAACAUUAAUAGUAAUGUCUGGUAACGUUUCAUGCAAGAAUUGUCCAGCAAAUUUUUUCUGAGAGAGUAAAGUAGUUUUAUUCUCUUUUGCAAGAAAACUGUGAGAAGUAAACAGACGGAAUCCCUGCAAAAUCAGAGAACAAUUUAAAUGUGAAACAUUUAAGAGGAAAUAAUGUUCCACAAUUUAAACAAAAUUCCCAUAUGGUUUUUUUUGAGAUUUAGUAUAGAAUUACAAUAAAUAAAGAAUGAUUUUUUUCUUUAUUUUUUAAGGUUUAAUAAAUCUGAUUGCAAAUAUUUCUAAAAAGAAAACUUCCGUUAAAAAACUUCAUAAAACAGUUCUGUUUCUUUCUUUUUUUCUUCGGACUUUUUUCCCUUUGUCUCUCUCAAUUUCUAUACGUGUCUGUAUUAGAAACAAUAAAAAAGAAGAAAAUUACAUAUUAUCCUUGUAAAAACUCAUCAUUCACAUUUUUCUAAGCUCAAAACUCACAAGAACAAAAUAAGACCACUUUUUCACAUAUAUAUACAAAAAAAACAAAAAGAAAACAACAAAAGCUUAUAAACGGGAGCUAUUCUAAAUAAACUUACAAGACUUAAUAAGGAAGUACUAUAUAUAGCUGCAUUCACAAAUUGUAUUCCCCAAAAACUAAGUUUUGUUGGAAUUGUCUAUUUGUCUCUCCCUAGGUUUAUUUAGGUAGUUCAAUUUCAAACUCAAUACGCCCACUCACACACACACACAUCUAUACACAAUCAAACAUUUAUUACUUUACACGCAUUGCGUCGUCUUAUACAACAGGCAGGACACCACAUUUAAUAACGGCUAGAAUUUUUCCUGAAUGACCUCUUUCAAAAAAAACCAAAA